GGGGCUGUUUGCGACCAUGGUGCGCGUCAAUGUUUUGGCUGAUGCGUUGAAAUCGAUCAAUAACGCUGAAAGGCGAAAGAAGAGGCAGGUCAUGAUACGCCCUUGCUCGAAGGUCAUUGUUCGAUUCCUGAAAGUUAUGCAACGCAAGGGAUACAUAGGUGAAUUCGAGAUUGUUGAUGAUCAUCGUUCUGGGAAGAUCAUCGUGCAGCUGAAUGGACGGCUUAAUAAGUGCGGAGUUAUUAGUCCAAGAUUUAAGAUGGGAGUGAAAGACACUGAACACUGGACUCGCAACCUCCUUCCAUCUCGUCAGUUUGGUUACAUCGUCCUUACGACAAGUGGUGGUAUGAUGGACCACGAAGAGGCAAGGAAGAAGCACUUAGGCGGUGUCAUCCUGGGGUACUUCUUCUGAGUAUUGGUAGGGUUUUGUAAAAAAUAAAUUUUGCUUGGAAAUCC